GCAUCAUCGCCCAUCUGUUGUCCCAGGUCAGGAUCGGAAUGGACCUGACAAAAGUCGUCCUUCCUACGUUUAUCCUGGAGAGGCGGUCUCUACUGGAAAUGUACGCCGACUUCUUCGCUCACCCGGACCUGUUUGUUAAAAAACAAAACUGAUCUCUAUUUAUGGUAAACUAAAGAAAAUGGGGACUUUACCAUGUUCACUGAAUUAAUCGUCGAUAUGGAAACACCCCAGGACAGGAUGAUACAGCUGGUCAGGUGGUACCUGUCUGCCUUCCACGUCGCCAGAAACAGCGACAUCGCCAAGAAAGCGUACAACCCCAUCCUGGGAGAAACGUUUCUCUGUCACUGGAAUAUUCCGGGAAUGGAGGCUGACGGGGACAAAGCUGUAGAUGGACCCUGUCAAGAAGCAACAGUCAACAACCUGGCCUUCAUCUCAGAACAAGUAUCUCACCACCCACCAAUAUCAGCAUUCUAUGCUGAGCACCAGACAAAGCGAAUCACACUGGACGGCUACAUAUGGACCAAAUCAAAGUUCCUCGGACUGUCAAUCGGUGUCCACAUGAUCGGCCAAGGGGUGGUGUCUGUGAUCGACCAUGAUGAGGAGUACGUCAUCACAUUUCCUAAUGGCUAUGGCAGGUCAAUCUUGACGACCCCCUGGGUAGAGAUGGGGGGUAAAGUGUCAAUUUCUUGUGCCAAAACAGGAUACAACGCCACUGUCACUUUUCAUACAAAGCCAUUCUAUGGGGGAAGGAAGCAUCGAGUGACCAGUGAAAUUUUUGCUCCCAAUGAGAAGAAACCAUUGGUGACCAUUGAUGGAGAGUGGAAUGGAAUCAUGUAUGCUAAAUAUGCCACAGGGAUGAAUGAGGUGUUUGUUGACACCAAGAAGAUGCCUGUGGUUAAGAAGCUGGUUAAGCCGAGAGAUAAACAAGGAGAGUUUGAAUCUCGAAGGCUUUGGCAAGACGUGACACACAACCUGAAAUUUAACGAGGUGGAUAAAGCUACAGAUUUUAAACAGAAGCUGGAACAAAGACAACGUGAGGAGGCCCGUGACAGGAAGGAAAGGGGCGUGGCCUGGGAAACCAGGAAUUUUCAUGAAGUUGGGGAACACUGGGUGUAUGACAGACCACUACAGAAGAGACUGAAGAACCCCUCCCCCCUCUCCAGUAAUUCACAGACACCCAAUAGCUAGGGCUAGUCCCAGCCAUGUUUAUCAUGUAUCACAUAAAACUUCCUGUCAGAAAACAUUCACCCAGAUCUGAUGCAGCAGAGAACUAGUUUAGCUGUGAUAUUGUGAACCAGUUCAGUCACAUUUUGAAAUGUUAUUACAAUGGUUGAAGUUGGGAGUGAUAGCCCAGUUUGUCUGUAGAUAACAAUAAUCAUAUACGUUUUAUCAGGUGCUGUUUUGUUAUUCUCCUCUCUUGGCGGAUGAUUUGUUCAACGUGACAAAACUAAAUAUUGAACAGUAGACACCAGUUGUGGCCUAGCUCAAAUUUCUGAGCAAUGUUUGAAAUAUUUUGCUUUAUAUGUUAUGUGUCAUGGAAAAGAAGAUCUUUAGAAGAGGGGAAUUGAAAAUACAGUGAAACUUGUUGAAUCUGAACAGUAAAAAUCUGCAGGUCAGACAAUAUCUGUAAUGCAGAAUAUUUCUUUAGUUCAGUGUUUAUUUAUUAAGUUUACAAACAUAAUCAAUUUCAUGGGGGAUUUGAGAAGUGUUUGAAUUACUUUUUAAAAAAUUUCCCUGAUCAGGUGCCACUGGGGUUUGAUACCCUAAUAAUGGAUUCUUUUAAACUCUUAUGAUAAGGUUCUGUACAGAGAAUAAGCUUUUUAUCCUAAAUCUAGAUUCUCAGUGAUAGCCUCGUCUCAAAUUCCAUAUCAAAAGAAAAAGAAAUACAAAUAUCCCCCCCCUCCCCAACCAAAAAAAAAUCUUUCCGAAAAAAAAAAAUGGGUAAGGAGGUUUGUAAGCCUAAAAAUUAAAUGAUGCUGGCCUAAUAGAAUUUACGCAUUGGUGCUGAAAUAUGUUUAAUGCACAACAUCCUGAUUGGACAAGAUUCACUGUAUUAAAACUGUGCAAUCGUACUAGUGUAUCAGAAAUGGAAUACUUCCAUUGUGUAUAGAUGUGUCAUCAGCAUUAUCUGUUAUUGUUCUGUUGAUUCGGAGCGUCGUGCAGAAAGCUGUACCUGUGCUCCUUGUUAGGUCUCUUCAAAAUCAGAGAUAUGAAUGGAUGUGUUAAUUCAGAAAUAAAUAUGUCAUAAUCAA